AUGUCGAUGGAGACAUUACCAGUAGAAAUACUUCAUCGUAUUUUCGAUCAUAUUGAUACUCAAACAAUCAUUUUCUCAAUUCGAUCUGUAUGUCGAUUAUUUCAAAAUGUUGUUCAUACUUAUGAGCGUUAUACUCUUGAUUUCCAAUCGAUUUAUUUAACUGAUUUCCGAUUACUUUGUAAAUUGAUUACUCCUCAAAAGGCUCGAUCAUUAAUACUUUGUAAUAGUGAAUAUACACCAAAUGCAAUUGAUUUAUUUGUUUCCACAGUUCGUCUGCAGCGAUUCACUCGGCUUCAUUCUCUAACAUUGAUUGAUAUUGACGAGUUUCAAAUGAAUAUCAUUCUAAAACGUAUCAAUUUAACUUUAUUAAAAUCAGUUUCAAUACAAAUUCGAAAAUAUGAUGCUAGACGAGUAAAAACAACAUCAUAUUUUCUUUCAUCCAUCGUGGCAAAUUCCGCUCUUCGAAAACUUGAAAUCAGUUUCAGAUUCGAUCGAAUUUCAUGGCCUAUCCACUGCAGAAUCCAAUGUUUAACUAUAAAUAAUGAUAUUCCUUUCGAUAAUUUACGUCAAAUUCUACUGUGUUCUCCUCAAUUGCAUACUUUGACUAUCGAAGGAGAAUUAUUAAAUAUGAAGAGUUUAUCUCAAAAAGAUUCGUUUCCACAAAUAACUUCUUUGACUUUAAAAAAGUUUGAGCUUAUAAGUGAUAAACUGGAAUCAUUUCUGUCGUUGACAUCAUCAUUGACUUAUCUGAAAAUAAUUUCAGAUGGAUUUACAUUGGAUGGAAAUCGUUGGGAACAGUUUAUCCAAAUCAAUCUUUGUCAAUUAGAGAAAUUUGAAUUCUUUUCGAAUGUUUCAGUAACACAAAAACAAACUCAUGAAGAUCUUGAUGUGAUUAUUCAAUCCUUCCGAAGUCCAUUUUGGAUUGAACAAAAACAGUGGUUUGUAGCUUGUGAAUUAUCUAACGCCUAUGAAAUACAAAUCUAUUCGUUACCAAUCUGUAAAUCAUUUGUUGAAUAUACACUUAAGAAAGAGAAGGUGUUGGUUUCCUCAAAUUCUACAAUAUCAUCAUGGUACGAUGAUUUAUCAAUAACAAAUAACAUUGAUAAGAUCAGUUUACUUUUAAAUGAAACGACGACUGGUAGUCUGAAAAACGAAGUAUGUUAUUCAAAUCUUUAA